UAAAUUUGUUCGUAGAACGAUGAACUUCCCCUCUGUGAAAUCUGCAUAUAAAAACACUGUUUUAUUAUUUAUUUUAUUGAAAACUCUGGUAAUUUGUGCCAGAAGUUACAGCAUGAAGUCACAAAUCAAAUGAUCUCUAUUUACUGCUGAUUUCUUUUUACAUAGGAGGUAGAAAAAAUGACUUCUAGUAGGCUGGACCGACUGUUCGUCCUCUUGGAGUCGGGCAGCUCGUCGGUGACGCGGUCGGCGGCGGCCAAGCAGCUGGGGGAGGUGCAGCGGCUGCACCCGCACGAGCUGAGGACGCUGCUCGGCCGCACCGCCGCCUACUUGAGAUCGCCGUCGUGGGACACGAGGAUAGCGGCCGCGGAGGCGGUCAGGGCGAUAGUUGGGAAUGUGCCGGCCUGGGAGCCGGCCGGGGUGGACGGGACGACAGAAGAAUCGGGGCAACUACUAUUGAUAUCUGGAAUUGGAAGGCUACGAUUUGAACAUUUCAAUAUGGCAAAUGUGCUUGCAAACAGUACACAUCUCAUGGCUUCAGAGGGAAAUGAAUAUGACGUAGAAGAAGAAAUUCCCGUUGACAGUAAAGAAAAAAUGGCUAAGCAAAGACAACUAUUGAAUGCUAGGUUGGGGCUAAAUGUAGCAGCAAAUAUGGGAUUUGAUACGUCCGCAUUGUUUACAAAUGAAGACCUUGUAAAUAACAGUAAUGGCACAGACCAGCCGUUACCAGAUAAAAUAAGGAAAAACGUACAAGAAGUUAUCUCUUUCGUGAACAAAGAACUGAGUUGCCGAGAAAUGAAUCGUGCCAAAAGAAAAGCUAGGCAAGCGAUAAACAAACAGAAAUCGAGGGAUAACCUAGAAGAAAGUAGUUGCGAGGAACCCGACAAGAAAAAACUCAAAACUGAAAUUAAAGAGGAUUGUAAUAGUUUCAAUGAUGUAGAAACCGGCGAUGGUACCGAUUGGCCUCUCGAAUGGUUCUGCGACCAGCUCGGUCAGGAUUUGUUCAGUUCCAGUUGGGAGACUCGACAUGGAGCCGCCACUGCUCUGCGGGAGGUACUGACAGUUCACGGAUCCGGAGCUGGAAAAUCUACUUAUCUGUCCGCAGACCAGAUGGAGGCGUCCCACCAGGCGUGGCUCGAGGACCUCUCGUUGCGCCUGCUCUGCGUCCUCGCCUUGGACCGCUUCGGCGAUUUCGUGUCGGACGCGGUGGUGGCGCCGGUGCGCGAGACGUGCGCGCAGGCGCUGGCCGCCGUGCUGCGGCUAGCCGACGCUCGGGCGUGCCGCGCGGUGCUCGCCGUGCUGCUGCAGCUGUCCGAGCACGACGAGUGGGAGGCGAGGCACGGCGGACUGUUGGGCUUGAAAUACCUGCUGGCAGUACGAGAGGACAUGAUCGACACCCUGCUCCCCCACAGCUUCCACCACAUCCUCGCCGGCCUCUCCGAUCCCGUCGACGACGUCAGCGCCGUGGCGGCCGCCGCUCUCAUCCCCGUCGCCGGCAAACUGCCCGCCCUCGUGCCCGACCGCCUGCCCAGAAUCGUCACCAAGCUGUGGGACCUGCUGGCCGAGCAGGACGAGCUAGCUGCCGCCUGCAACAGCUUCAUGGGCCUGCUGGCGGCCGUGUUGAACCUGCGCGGGGCGCAGGCGUUGGUGCCAGUGCGGCCGCCCAGCGAGGUGGUGCCGAGGCUGUGGCCGUUUCUGUCGCACAGCGCUUCGUCGGUGCGGAGGGCGACUUUGCAGACUUUGGGGACGCUGAGCGAGAAGAUGGAGAAGGACAGUGGUUUGUGGGAGGCGCAGCUGUUGCAGGACGCGCUGCGGCACGUUUUUCAGAGGGUGCUGGUCGAGCAGAGCGGGGAGGUGCGACAGGUGGCCGAACAGGUGUGGAACAAUCUGGUGGUCAACUCGCAGCUGGUCGAUCUGCUGCACGCCGCCUGUCCUUUCAUCACCGUCUGGCUGUACCAGAGCAUGCAGCCGGUGAGAGCGCCCUUCGACUCCAAUCUGCUGAUCCAUGCGAAAUCGCAUCACAAGAAGAGGAGCACCAUCGACGGCUUGCACAGCUUCGAUCACACGGUGGUGCCGCCCAAGCUGUACCUGGGCGGCAGCGAGACCACGCCCGCCCACGUCCGGGAAGCCAAUGCCGUGCAGGUGCGAUGCAUGGCCUCGAGGAUGCUUGGACUCCUGUCGCGCUACAUAGUCAUGGCCGCGCCCGGAAUCGACUAUUCCACGGGGAUCGAGAAACCGAUCGAGUGCUACGAGAAACUCCUCUUGGUCCAUCUCAAUUCGAAAUCGGCGUUGCAGCGUAUGAUGACCGGUAUGGUGGUGGCGGAAUGGGCAAGAAAAUAUGACAGCGCAUGCCCGCCGAACUUGAACUUGCGUCUGCAACAGUGCCUGAACGAGUGCGUAUACUACGACGAGAUAGCGCACAGCUUCACCCGACUGGCGCAGGAAACCAGGGACUUUUUGGCGACCCUGCGGCAUUAUAAAGUACCCGUGGAGCUGGAGAACGACAGCGUCCUCACUUUGCCGCAAAUUCUACGACUGACCGGGCCAGAAACGCAGAGGAUCAUCGUCAACUUCAAGCUGAAAUCGAGGAUGCAAGAGAAUCUGGAGGAACGUAGGCAGAGCAUCCACUCGGCGGCGGUGCAGACCAGCGGCGAGCAGCAGACGCUCAACGUCAGCACUCUGGCAACACUGGCGGGCGCCCUGGUGAUGUUCCGCUCGCUGGCCGAGAAGCUGACGCCCGUCGUCAAGCCGCUGAUGCAGUCCAUACGGUGCGAGAGCGACGAGGACCUGCAACGGUUGGCCGCCGAGCACCUGGCGCGGCUGCUGGACCAGUGCCGAGAGCGGGUGCCCAAUCCCUGCGAUAAGAUCAUAGCGAACUUGUGCAUCUUCCUCAGGUGUGAUCCGGAUUUUACACCUGUCAUUCACAAACAAGAUGAUAAGAAUCACAUUCAGCGCGAGAGACCCGGUAACUAUAAUGGCAUCGUCACUCUGAAUAAUCAACAAAGAAUCGCAGAAAGGGCAGCUUUGAAACGUUCGAACAGCACCGGUAGAGGACCAGGACGACCUUCCACCGCCGAAGUGCCCGUAGAUGACGUGCCGAAAGAGGAGGACGAGAAGCGCCGAGCGAACUUCGUGCAGCGUCGCGGCGCCACCGCCGCCCUGGUGGCCGUCGCGCGGCACUUCGGGCGGUCGCUGCCCGCCAGCAUGCCCAAGCUAUGGGAAGAGAUGGCGGGGCGGCUGGUCGAGGCUGUCGACCCACUGGCGUUCGAUCCGGCAGCGGCGGUCGGGAAGGACGCGGAGGCUGAGCGGAUAGUGUGGGCGUUACAGGUCCUCGAGGUCACCAGCAGCGAUCUGCACGCCUCCCUGCUGCCCGAUCUGAUGACGCAGUGCCUCGGGCGGCUGUGCGUGCUGCUGUCGCACCCGUACCGCGCCGUCCGCCAUCUCGCUGCGCGCUGUCUCGCCGCCCUCGCCCGGCUGGAUUCGGUGCGCGCGAUGGAGAUGCUGGUCGGCGCGGUGCUGCCCAAGUUGGGGGCCACCGAUCGCGAUAUCGACAGACAAGGUGCCGUGGAGGCGAUAGCUUGCAUAGUGGACGCGCUGAGGUACAACAUCAUCCCGUACAUGGUGUUGCUGGUGGUACCUUUGCUCGGCAGGAUGUCCGAUCAGAAUAUGUGCGUGCGGCUGAUGGGCACGCACAGUUUCGCCACUCUCGUGCAGCUGAUGCCGUUGGACGGCGGCGUUCCAGAACCACCUGCCUUGAAAGGGAGUAUUCUCAGCGAGAAGCGUGAUAAAGAACGAGAAUUCCUUCAGCAGCUCCUUUCACCAGCUACUAUUCCUGAUUAUGCAAUCCCAACGGUCAUAGAUGCUCAACUACGAAGUUAUCAACAAGCAGGUGUUAACUGGCUUGCCUUUCUCAACAGAUACAAGCUUCACGGUAUACUUUGUGAUGACAUGGGGCUCGGCAAGACAUUACAAAGCAUCUGCAUAUUGGCGGGGGAUCAGUUCUACAGGGAACAGAAGUACAAGGAGAUGAGGACCCCGGAUUGCGCUCCUCUGCCGUCCAUGGUCAUUUGCCCGCCCACUCUGACAGGUCAUUGGGUAUACGAAGUGGAAAAGUUCCUAAAGCAUAAUUUCCUGCGCCCUCUCCAGUACAACGGCUCUCCCACUGAACGAGAGAAGCUCAGACACAAAUUCAAAAAGUACAAUUUAAUCGUCGCCUCUUACGAUAUAGUCCGUAAAGACAUCUCGUUUUUCUCCACCAUCAAGUGGAACUACAUCAUUCUGGAUGAAGGCCACAUCAUUAAAAAUGGUAAAACGAGAACAAGUAUUGCCAUUAAGGCUCUGGUAGCCAAUCACAGACUGAUCCUCAGCGGAACGCCGAUACAGAACAAUGUGUUGGAGUUGUGGAGUUUGUUCGACUUUCUGAUGCCCGGUUUUCUCGGCACUGAAAAGCAAUUCACAGCGCGAUAUUCCAGACCCAUCUUGGCCAGCAGGGAUCCGAAAUGUUCCCCUAAAGAUCAAGAAGCAGGAGUUUUGGCCAUGGAGGGUUUACAUAGACAAGUGUUGCCAUUCUUGCUGAGGAGGAUGAAAGAAGAUGUAUUGGACGAUUUGCCGCCUAAAAUCACGCAAGAUUACUAUUGUGAUCUCAGUUCACUGCAGGAGCAACUCUAUGAAGAUUUCUCCAAAUCACAAGCACAUCAAACAUUACAGGAAUCGAUAUCUUCUGGAAGUACCAAAGGUUCGAUCCAAGGAAGCACUCACAUAUUCCAAGCUUUGCGUUAUUUACAAAAUGUCUGCAACCAUCCGAAACUGGUGUUGAAUCCGAGCCAUCCGCACUAUCAGCAGAUCAUCGGGCAGCUACAUCAGCAAAAUAUUCCUCUGGACGAUAUCAACCAUUCAGCGAAACUGCCAGCGUUGAAGCAACUUCUCCAAGAUUGUGGAAUAGGUGUGAACGACACUUCAGAUAGAGAAUCGACUGACUUAGUAAUAAAUCAACAUAGAGCGCUGGUGUUCUGCCAGCUGAAGGCGAUGUUGGACAUUAUCGAAGAAGAUCUGUUCAAGAAAAAUAUGCCGAGUGUCACUUAUCUUAGGUUAGAUGGUUCCGUGCCACCGGUGCAUAGACAUUCGGUUGUAACUAGGUUUAACAACGAUCCGUCCAUCGACGUCCUGCUGCUGACGACGCAGGUCGGCGGCCUCGGUCUCAACCUGACCGGCGCCGACACCGUCAUAUUCGUCGAGCACGACUGGAACCCGAUGAAGGACCUGCAAGCGAUGGACAGGGCGCACAGGAUCGGGCAGCGGAAGGUCGUCAACGUCUACAGGUUAAUCACCAGGGCGACGCUCGAAGAGAAAAUCAUGGGGCUACAAAAGUUCAAGAUGCAAACGGCGAACACCGUGAUAAGCUCCGAAAACAGUAAUCUCGAGACGAUGGGCACCGACCAAUUGUUGGAUCUGUUUUCGCACAAAAGUACAGGCGGAAGGGAGGGCUCGUCGGACCCAAAAUCGAAUACGGGAGUGAAAUCUAUCUUGGAAUCCUUGCCGGAACUGUGGGAUACCAAACAGUACGACAGCGAGUACGACUUAUCGCAGUUCAUGACAAAAUUGAAGUAAUAAGGCUUUUUAGUAUCUGAGAUGAGCAAUAACUAUGUAGUUGGUAGUUACUGUAUGUGUGAAAGACUGCUGAACCAAAGAAUUAUUUAUUUGAAUAUUUAUCUUUCACAUUUUUUCAUCAACCAUUAGGGGCACAUUAUAUUAUUAUCUUCAAUUUCAUGAAAACAUUUUUUGGAGAAUUGUUUCAGUAUCAUGAAAAUUAUCAUGUUCACCUGUUAACUAAAUAAUAUAUCAUUUGAAAGUUUUUUUUUCAAAAUUAAUUAUGUUUCAUUUGAUUGAGUAAUCAGACUUUAGGUUAUUACAAUUUCAUUUUAAUUUUAUAUUCAUUAUGAAUUAGGGUUUCAUUAUGGUUUAAUUGACAAAUAUUCCGUCUGUUCAAUGAAGAAAUUUCACCACAAUCACUAUUUAAUAUUGAAAUGUACCUACUACUACUAUAACUAAAAAGCAAUGUUUAUGGUCGUGUCUCUGAAACGUCUUGGCUAAACGCAAUGAGUAAUUUCCGAGACUUUUCAAGCCACCAGAGGGCGUACAGUUUCUAAUGUUUAGGCAUAUCUAGUGAAUGAUAGUAAUUUGUAAAACUCGGUAUUGAUAGCGCUGUUUGGGACGGAUAUAUCAGUUUUGAAUUUUGUAUUUAUUUGCAGUGACGAGAAUUUGUGGAAUCAGUACCAAAUACAAAUACUAAGCCAAUAUACGGUCUGUGGGUUGAUCGAUGAGAUGUAAUAUUCCUUUAUCUAUAAAUGACAAAAACUAUUGAUAGUCGAUAGAAGUGUAUUGAAAAAAUACGAAAUUUUACUUAUCUUUGGACGUUUCGUGAACGAAUCUGCUCCUGUUUACAACAUAAAAAUGGAAAAGUAUUUUUUUCGUUUUUUCUAUUGACACUGACCUGAAUCUGAAUUUUUCUUAUAGCUUUCUAAUAGUAGUGGCAAUUUGAGGCAAAUCUACUGAUUUGUCCUUACUAGAAGUAUAUUGGGAUAAUAAUGAUAUCUUUAUUUAUAGAGAUGAGAAAAGACAAUCCUCAGAAUUCAGAUAAAUGAAUUGGCAUCUUUGUUAAUGCAUGUCACAUGAUAAAAAAAUAAUAAAAUUCAAAUGGCUGUUGGAACUGUCGAAACAUUUUCACAUCUUUUCACUGUAAAUUGUGAUUUUCAAUAUAUGCUACUCAAUAUCGAGAGAGACAUAAUCAUUUUGUUCAAACACAAAUCGAAGUUUAUUGUCACUGAACUGAUUGAUGACUUGCACAGGAUACCUGUUGUGACAGUAUAUAAUAUUCUUUUCAAUUCACUCGGGGUUAUUUUUUUUUCCUUUUGAUCAUUUUAAAUUUGACAUUAUUUUGUCCCUAUCAGUACUAUAAAAUGAAAACAGCAUACAUUAC